GAUUUUCAGCCGCAGCUGGAGCUCCAGCUGCACAUUUUGGCUAGAGCCUUUGAAGCUCUUCUACUGACUACUCAGCAACUCAGCUGCAAAGAGAAAGGAUUGCAGCAGAGGCUGAAAUAUGCCUCAGAAGAGGUAAAUACCAUUAUCCCCGCCCAGUCCUCUCACUUCCCCUGCAUUCCCAAAUGUCCAUUCCCAAAUGUCUCAAAGGACGAGAAAAUUCGAUUAGCUCUAGAUCAGGAGUCGCAUUUGCGGCGGUGACGGAUAUAUCAUGUAUUAUCUGAUGAGACCUCUCCCCCCUUUUUGCUACUUCCCACACUUCGGAAGUGCACAUGCUGAUAUCCUCGAUUAGUUCACCAAGUUAGCAGACAAAGUCCCUGGCGGUCUAGACGGCCACACCAAAAUCGUUUCCGAGAAGAUCGCUGGUCGCUUUGCUGAAUAUCAAAACCACGCGAAGCAACAUAUGAGCCUGUCAGACGUAGUAAAGUCGCUUGCCGAGUCCGGCAACGUAGGAGAUGUGGCUCUCGCCUCCAUUAGGGAGGGGCUGACAUCCUAUCAUUCUAUCAUACAUCCUCACGAUGAUAAACAGCUACCUGACCUCAACCCAUGUCUUGUUGCCACGAGAGCGGGAAUUCCGCGCACCCUAGAGAAAGACUUCACUAUCAAGGGGACGCAGGGGAGUCUGCGUUGCCCGUUUGCGAAGCCUAACAAUAAACCAUCUGAAAACGGAAUGUCCAACGGAGUCGAGUUUGCCUCUCAGAAUAACAAUGGGGACACUUGCGGUCAUACGGACCUAGACCCGAUCAGAGCUGAGCAAAAUGAUAGACGGUCAAGCCGCGCGCCCUCGACCCGCUCGUCGAAUACACGCUGUCCUGUUUCGCGAUGUCCCAUUAGGUAUCUAGACCAGCAUAGCCCGGAGGAAAUCGCCGAUUAUGUCGAAAGACACAAGCAUGAAAUUCCUCGAAGUCAUGCUAUCUGUGUCCAACGGUAUCAACGAGACUCGGAGACCAUGCGGCAUCUAGAUGCAAAGUAUGGUAAUCUGAUCAGCAUGAUCCAAGGCCUAUCCGUCAAACAUCGAGCCUUCCUCCCAGGUACCAACAAGCACGGCGCGCCACCGUCAAGCUCGUCUGUUGAACGAGUAGAGAAAUGGGCAGAAGAAGUAGGCUUGAAGUCGGACAUGCACCGGCCCAUCAAGGAAGAAGAAGGCGCAGUUGAGCAGGAAGAUGACGAGCGAAAAGGGCAUUUCGACCGUCCUCUGCGUGAGGUGCGUCUGGGCGAAUCUCCAAGCAGGCCUUGGGGUAUUCCUGUCCCAGUAACGCCGAUGCCUGCUACCACUUCUGCACCUCAAUCUCCAGCAGCACCUAUUACUGCUUCCCUCGAUUCAAAAGCCAAUCCUUUGUCUCAAACGCCAGCAGUCAACAUAUCCCUCAACGCACCUAGGGCUGACUUAGUGCCCGAGAAUCACGCCUUGCCCCCGAAAACUGGACGUUGCCCAUUUGGUCACGGUACGCCUUCUGGUGACAAGCAGAACAAACCUCCCGCAGUGCCGCAGGAAGCGGAGACGAACCGAAAUCCUGAUGAUGUGAGUCAUAUGGAAGACACAGCCAGAGCAGACGGUGAGAAUCCGCCCGACACAGACAAUUUUACACCACAGCCGGCCAUGAAUAGUGUGGUCUUCAAUGGCCCGGUGUUCUUCGGGUUCUCAGCAGAGCAGACAGCCCUAUUCCUGCAGCAGUUGGGUAGUCGAGGGCAUUUUGAUGAAGGGUGAUCAAUACUCUAUAAGUAUUACAGAUUUGAUGCUGCGCUUCCACCUCCUAUCUCUUUCUGGCGCCUUUGUUUCAGCGCAAUUUGAUCGCCUGAUAAUGAUGCCAUGACAUCCCAUUUAUGAAUUUCUGCAUUGUACAUACAUGACAUAUAUUAUGUAUAUUUCCCCUAGCCCAGCGAGCAAAUUCUAUAGUGUCUUAAUAUACCG